CGCGAGACUUGGGCCGCUUAUAAGGGCGCCCGGGCGCGUGGCGUCGCCAUUUCUUUGCUUCCUCGAGUUCGUGUGUUUCCGUACUGUGCCGCGCUGCGGUCCGGGCGCGCCGGGCUCCGUCCUAUUUUGCCGAGAGCGCGGGUGAGCGCGGGGCGAGCGCGGCUCCCCGCGGGCCGGGCCGGACUGGGACUGGGCCGGGGCCGGGGCCGAAGCCGGGCCGUGGCUGCUCCGUCUGCGCCACGUGCUCGCCUGCUCCUUACGGGGGGGUGAGGCGGCCCCUCACGGGCCUCCUCUCCGGCUCCUCGGCGGCACCCGGCGAGGCCGCACUCAGCCCUGGGAAGGCUUGGGACGGACUCGCGGGGCCCAUGCUGGGUGUCAGCCUGACGCCGCCGCUCAGAAAUCGCGGGGAAGAAGAGAGAAAUAAGCGACUUUGGGAAGGACUGUAACAAGAAUGGAUUCAGACAAUAGUAUAACAGCAUCUGGUUCAGACGUGGAGGUUGAAAAUCAAAGUAUCGGCUCCUCCUCUGGCAGCAGCUUGUUUAAAACCCAGUGCAUUUCUCCCUCAACUGAACAAAAACAGAGAAACAGUGUUCGAAAUUUUGCUCAAUCACUCAGAAGCGCUCAGAUAGACUCAUCAAGUGACUCAUCCAUAGAACCCAGACCGCUGUCUAUAAGAACAUAUUUUCAACUGUUAAAGCAAAGGAAAAAACGUAGAAAGAGGAGGAAGUACCAGCCAACAGGAAGACCUACAGGAAGACCCAAAGGAAGGAGAAAUCGGACUUCAAGGAUAAAAAGGAAAGAGAUUAAAGACAAAGAGUCUGGGUCUGGGUUUCCUAUUGUAGAAUCAGCGAAUGGAGGAAAAUCUUUACCUUGGCGAAAAAUUUUAACCUUUGAGCAAGCAGUGGCAAGAGGGUUUUUCAACUAUCUUGAAAAACUAAAGUAUGAAUAUCACCUCAAAGAGUCCUUGAAACAGAUGAAUGUUGGUGAAGACUUAGAAAAGGAGGAUUUUGACAGCCGAAGAUACAAGUACUUGGAUGAUGAUGGGUCCAUUUCUCCUAUCGAGGAUGCCGAAGCAGAAGAUGCAGCGCAUCUUGUUCAAGAAGAUGAAUGUGAUAUCAAACUGGUGGAGAAGGAGCAUUUCAUCAUAAGCUCUGAAUUGUCAAAGAAGAGAAAUACAUGUUUGGAACCAGAGGAGUGGACAGAAACAGCUGUAUCUAAAAAGAGACGGCAGCCAGAAAGGACAGAGAAGCAGGUGUGAAGUCUGGUCUUUGACGACACCAAGCACCUGUCAGUUGAGCCAGCGUUGUUGGACAUCAGACACCUGAACAGACAUGCUGAGGUCCAUGACUUGAGUGACCGCACUGGGUGCCUACUCUGAAAAGGGCUAAACUGAAGAUAUUCUUGGAUAUAUACACUUUAUUGUUGAUAAAGCAGAAUCUAAAAUGCUGCUGAUGAUUUUAUUAAGUGUAACUCAGAUGUUGUCAACCAGGAGGGUUUGUGCUGGCAUGUGGACCCUGGAAGGUCAGGCAUGAAAGACAGAAACCAAAUUGUGUUUUGAGGGUACCUAAUAUGGAGAAGCAGCUCAGUCCACAUGACCCUCGGAAAUGGAGCUGAAGUGAUCAUGGAAGGAAGAACCAGUCUCCUUCCCUGCAUCUCGCUGGUAGCUGGAACCUUGGGGCCCAAGGCUGGAAACUGUGACAUUGUGAAGACCAGAGCAGUGGAACCUCAAUCACUUGGCAAGUUACAGGGGUUGUCUUACCAUUAUCCUGGUAAUGGUCAUUACCAAGGCUUUUAGAAUGCAGUUUCUGAAUUGCUGUGGACAUGACCUUAAAGAAAGUGCCCGUUAGGUUUGUGUUAUGCUACCUUGCUAGCAUUCAGCCAACGGGGAACAUGUACACGUCAGCCCAUCAUCCCUGAGGCUCUGACUGAGGCUGCUUUUGACUAGUUACUGAGAUGACUCCUUUUCCUCAUUACAGGAGCGACGGUAUCGGGAUUGAAAAGACUGGUCAGUGGUACAUAGGUAUGUAUACACACACCUGAGGCCUUUGUGGACUGGUCAUUUCAAAGAGGGCUCCUGGGAUGAAACCAGGAGCUCUUCACGCUGUGACCAAAAAUUAAAAGGACCCUGGAACACAGUGGCCACUUGGGCAGUGGGGCUGCUGGUUCCUGUGGGACUACAUGGCCCCCUUUUUUUCCCCUGUGGCUGCCAUGGGCAGUCAGUAACACUUGCUCUGUAUAGGGCCACGCUGGAGGUGAAGAGAAUUGAGCUGCCACGCCAAAGGAACCACAA